UACUCUCCCUGCUCUCCUGUUUCAGCCAGUCUGUCUGCCCUCUAGCGUAGUAGUCUCCUUUCACUCACUGCUAUUCAUCACCAUCUAGGAUACACUAAAAAAAAAACCCACGCAGGUAGACAGAAUACUGUGCUAGUGGACUGAAGAGUUUGCAUUUGAGCUGAUAGACACAGAUAUAUGUACAUUACCUUGGAAAGAGUUAGAAAGCACAGAUCUGUAGAAGCGCUGUUGAAGCUGAAGUUUUCUCUCCACUACGUUUUUUGUCCCAAAGGAUACCACACGCAGCUACAGAGGUUGCCAGCUCCAACUGUAGCAAACACAAAUCGAUGACUGAGAACUCCGCCUCCCAUGAUGGACAAGAAAAGUGCCAACGGCUUUCAGACCAAGGCCAGUGAGGGCGGUGUUCAGAGGAAGCAGCUGCCCUACUCAGUGGAAACUCCCUAUGGCUUCCACCUGGACCUGGACUUCCUCAAGUAUGUUGACGAUAUUGAAAAAGGCAAAACCAUCAAAAGGGUCCACAUUCAGCGCAGGGUCAAGGGCCCACCCAAAUUCAGCACUCUGCCCAGGAAUUUCAGCCUUCCUGGGCAUGGGGCUAGGCCUGCCCCUAAGGAAAAGGACAGCACAUGGUCUGGGACAUCCACCCUAGGGCCCAAGCCUAAAUCAAGGGUAACAGAGGUCCAACAGAUCUUUGACUUCAAGGCAAGUGAAGGGGCAACUUCAAGCCAGAGCAGCAGGGGAACAACCAGUCAGGGAACUGGCUACAGUUCAGCUAAGCCCAGAGAUGAAGUAGGAGCUGGGGCUCGGGAUGUUGAAGAGAAAACUGUGGAGAUUCAAAGUCGGCCGAACCUGCUCCGAGCAUCAAGCAUGCCCAUCACCCUACAGCAGCGGAAAGGUUCUGAUUCAAGCAGUCCAGACCGUAUUGUGGGAACACCGGAGAGUGGCUCAACGGAGAACAUGUUCCGGGCUUCACCGGACAUAACAGAGAGACGGUGUGUUCCCCAGGAUCGGACAGGGCUUCACCAGCAGAUCACAGUAGCGCUGAAACGGGUCAGAGAACUAGAAGAGCAGGUCAAAACAAUCCCAGAACUAAAGGCUCAGAUCUGCUCACUGAGGGAGGAGAGAGAGCAGCUACUGCUUCAGCUCCAAGCCCAGGCCCAAGCCCAGGUUUCCAUAUCAUCCUCUACAAUAGCACAGAGUUAUGAUUCUGGGACACACACUCAGCCACAAGGACAAAGACCUUCAGAAGGGUUCAACUUAGCUCUGAUGACUCAACGCACUGGAGGUUUAGAAGCUUCAGAGUGUGUGCCAGCAAAGCCAGGAACAGGGAAAGAGAAACAAAGUGUGACAGAGAAAAGUACAGUGUUACAAAAAGAGAGGGAGAUAAAUCAGGAAUCUGUCAAGAGUUCCUCAGCACAUGGAGACAUGGGUACAUUGUCAGAGAGACAGUCACAGCCAUCAAAAAAAUCAGACCAACAGAAAGAGACAUCAGAGAGUCCACUGGAACAUGCUGUGCAAAAGCUAUCACAGGACAUUGCAGGACAAGAAUUAUCAUCGCUUAGGAUGGCUAUAAAAGAUGUAGAGACUAGCAGUAUUCAAGAUGGUAAUGCAGCAAAAGGAGGAAAACUUGAGGAACCAGACCGUAUGAAGCUGCAGGAGAAGUUAAUGACACUGGAGGCUAAACUUACUCAAGCUAGCCAAGAGCUGGAGAGAACUAAUCUUCUUUUGAAAGAACAAUUAGAGGAGAACAAGGUAAAAGAGGAAAGAAUACUACAACUGAGUGAUGGAAUGAGAGUGGAGGUGUGUACUACAGAAGCAUACAGCAGACCAAGAAGAGAGAGUAUUGACACAGGGACAGAGACUGAGAAGGUAGAUUUUUCAAACCAAGAGACAGAGACAGAACCACCUGGUAAAGUAGAUCAGGGAACAGAUACAGAUAGAAUAUGUAUUGAAGUGGGUGUACCCAAACCAGAGACCGGAAGUAUAGAUCAAGGAACAAAGAAUAAUAAAGUUGACACACAUGAACAGGUGACAGAGAUGGAGGCAGAAGUAGCUCCUGUGAGUCCACCAAGACCCAGAGCCAACAGCAUGGAACGGGGCACAGUAACUGAGAGGAUCACCACUCAGGAUCAGAUGACCGAGACACCAGUUGCUGAAAGGGUCAACCAAGUCACAGAAACAGAAGGAGAGACAAUAACAGAUCAUCCUCAGAGACCGAGGGCCAGCAGUGUAGAUCGGGGGACAGAGACAGAGAGAGUGAACACAGUGGACAGAGUGACAGAGACAGAGGAAGCAGAGAGGACAGACCAGCAGACUGAGACAGAGAUAAACAGACAACAGGAUAACAAUCCAGGAAGAGAUGCAGAAGUCGAGAGUCAAGUGAGAGAAAGUGCUGGCAGAGAAACAGUAGAAGAUGUAGUGACUGUGGUCAGUGAAAGAGUGGAAGCACAUGAAAUAAUUCAAAGAGAAAGCGGAGUUGAACAAACUGUUGUUUCAGAUAUUGUAAGCCAGGAUGAAGCUUGUGCCAGUCCACUUGUUGUAGCAGGAGAAAAUACAGAAAAUGAAAUUGAAGCUGUUAUGGCACAGAAUGACUCAGAAACAAAGGAAAUGAUCGCCCCAAAGAGUGAAGUAACAGAAAUUGUUAAAACACAGCAGAUUGCACUUGAGACUGUAGAAAAGAAACAAACAACAGAAGGUGAAAUUGUAUGUGCAACAAUCAAAGAAACUGUGGUCAUUGACACAGUUGUAGUAGCAGCAGAGAAUGGAGCUGAGAAGACAGUAGCUCCUGUACGACCCCAGAGAGGCCGAAAGCCCUCGGCAGAGCAGGCACAGCCAUCACCUCCUCAACUUCAGGCUGCACCUGUGCGUCCCCGUAGGGGAUCCAAUGAAACUCAAGCCGAUCAGUCCCAGCCCCAUGUGCAGGUACAGGGUCCACCUCAGCUCAAGACCCAAACCCCCACACAGCUCUCUGAACCACAGGUAAAACAUCCAGCCAUAUCUCUGUCUCAGGCUGGGGACCACACCCUAGAAAAGAGGACUCCUGGGGAGUCUAAUGAGAAACAAUCUCAAUCACAACCUCAGACUGAGACUCAGUGCCCUUCUCCAGGCUCCAGUGAAGUCCAAACCCGACCCAAAUCAAUUCAAGCACAGUUUCAGUCUCAAACCAGUGCAACUCGACGGGACUCCAAAGAGCUUAAAACACCACAGAGAGGAUCCAGGGUAUCACAACCUCCUAUUCGUGGAUCCGGAGAAGCCCAGACUCACCAGGUGUCAUGUGACACCCAACCUCAGUCUCAGGGCUCUCGUAGAAGUUCCAGUGAGACUCAACACCCUCACAAAGAUACCAACGAGACACAAUCACUGCGCAGGGGCUCCAGUGAAACAUCCCAGCGUGGUGGUUCAAGUGAAGCCCAGGCCUCACGCCGGGAUACUGGAGAUGCCCAGCCUCCUCGUAGAGGCUCCAGUGAGUCACCAACAUCGCCUGCGGCUUUGGGCCAAGUCGUAACACGGUUAACAGGGCUUUUGGGGGAACAGUGGGCACAGCUGGGGAGCAGCUCUGGAACUCAACAGAUGGCCAGCCAGCAGGAAGGCCCCAGCACACAGAAACAGGCGGCAGGGAAAAGAGCAGAGGCAGCCAAAGGAGCAUCAGCCAAGCCUGCAGGGAAAGCAGUCCCUACAGCAACAACAGGGAAACCAGCAGGGAAGCCUGGUCCCUCCAAAAUGAGCUCUAUUCAGAGUCAACUGGUCAGCUCCCUCAGUGUCCUCUCUGCCUUCUACUCACCAGGCCAGAAAGCUGCUGCUGCCAGCAAACAGCAAGAACAAGGUCUCAAAUCUAUUAUGAAGAAAAACGGUGUUGCUGACAAGCAGGGGAACAAAGGAGCCAAGAAAAACCUCAAGUUUGUUGGGGUGAAUGGAGGCUAUGAGACGACAUCCAGCGAAGAGUCUAGUGGAGAUGAGAAGGCAAAGGUGGAGGUGGAGGAGGAAGAGGAGGACAGCUCAGAACCAGAGGUAGAGAAGGAAAAGGAGACGGAGUUUCAGCCAGCAGAGAAGUCUGAGGAGGGAGGAGAGACCCAACAGAAGGAUGCAGAGGUCUCAGCUGAGGAAGGAGGUGCAGUGGCUGCAGAGAAGGAGAGUGAAAGAGGCCUGCUGGAUCCAGACGUCAGCCAGGAGCUCCUGGAAGAACAGGCUGAAGGGGAGAAAGUUGACAAGAGUUUUAUAGAUGCCUGCCUCUAUGUAAAAGACCGCAUGGAAGAGGUUUCAUCCCCAGAUAAAGAAAUGCGCCAGGUUUUAGUGGUGCUCUACCAGGAGUGGUUCAAGGUUUCCAGUCAGAAAAACUCACAGGCUGAUACUGUCAGAUUAUACCUGCGACAAGUGGGCAUGACCACACCCACUCUUCUGCCAUAUGUCGUUAACUUGACAGACGGCAAUGGGAAUAUGGCCCUCCACUACAGUGUGUCGCAUUCAAACUUCCCUGUGGUGAAACUGCUGCUAGAUACUGGUCUAUGUGAGACAGACAAUGUGAACAAGGCAGGCUAUACCCCAGUGAUGCUUGCUGCACUGACAGCUGCUGAGACCCCUGAUGAUCUGGAAGUGGCACAACAACUGUUGAAACUGGGUGACGUCAAUGCAUGCUCCAGACAGGCAGGCCAGACGGCACUCAUGCUUGCAGUGAGCCACGGUCGAGUUGCCAUGGUGAAGCUGCUCCUGAGCUGCGGCGCGGAUGUAAAUGCCCAGGACCGCGAGGGCUCCACAGCCUUGAUGUGCGCCUGUGAACAUGGACACACACAUAUCGUUCGUUUGCUGAUGGAGACAGGUCGCUGUGACACCUGCCUCACAGACAAGAAUGGACAGACAGCACAAUCGGUGGCAGAGGGAGGCUCCCACCAAGACAUAGUUGACCUUCUGAAGGCCCAUGCUGAGACCCGAGCCUCUGAGCCCUCAUCUACCACAGACCUCCUCUGAGCCAGGCCAAACCUGUUUACUUUCAGCUAACUGACCCACAACCCUUCAAUUUCCAAGACCCUCUGCCCACCAACAAAGAGGGAAAAGGUUGAAUUUAAGGCAAGAUGACACCAUACAAGACUGUGUGACCAGUGGAAAAAGUGGAUACGCUCUGUUUACUGUGGAACUACAUAUACACUUCUGAGGGUGUCUAGCCAUUUAUGCCCACAUUCUUCUUCCACAUCUCUGCCAACAUGCCCAGUGGGUGUUUAUGGAUAUGCUGCAUCAACCACUCAGUGGACAGACAACAAAGGGGGGCCGGUUGGAUUGAUGAUAAGAAAUUACCAUACUGACAAGUGUGAUUGACGGGAUAUGGUGAGAAUAUAACGAGGGACCAGGGAUGGACGGAUUGUCAAGGGUUCUUAUCAUCAACUUUCUCUUCAAGCAAAAUACUAAGCACAUGAUCUACCUGUCAAAUAUACGAUAUUGAAUAUGACAUUAUUUCUAUUUUUUCUUUUGUGACAUUGACAUCAUCCUUGUCAUAUUUGGACAUAAGCCAUUAUUGAGAACAUAGUAUGUAGAAUGAUAUUAACAGAAUAUAAUCAUAUACAAACACAGAAACUGUAUUUUCUACUGCACUUUUUUAUUGUGUUCGUGUACAGUAAAUAGGCCUCUCUAAUAUAGAUGUCCAAAAGAACCUAUUUAUCUCCAAAACAGCGAAUUAGAAAACUGAAAAAAAGAAUAGAACUUUAGUCGAAUUUCCCAUUAUUCAGUGGAUAUUUGAUAUCAUUUAAUGUAUUGUUUUUGCAAUAGUAAUGAUGUUUUUCACAUACGGGACAUGGUGAUCAACAUCUGUGAAAUACUGAAAAACUGUAAAACUUAGUUGGAGAUAAAAUGUUUCUGUUGGGCACAAAGGAAAUGAUUUUUAUAACCACCGUAUAACCAGAUUAAAGAAAGACAAAAGUCUUCUAAGAAGAGGACUGCACUGUUCAGGAGGUGCUGCAUGCCAAUACACAGUUAUUCCCCUACUGGCUGUCUUAUAGUACUAAAUAACAGUAUGUUGUAA